AUGCGAGCGAUUGUGUCGAAUUUGCAGCGUGCAGUUUUCUCCGAUGAUGAACGACUUGUUGCUGUUGCAAAUAUCAUCAGACCGAUAUCUGUUCGGCUUUACUUUGUGAAGAAAGAAAAAGAUGAUUGUUUUAAGAAGAAAGAAUGCUUCAGUUUAAGAGAUGUUAAGGUUAUUGACGGUAUCAAUCCAAGAAAGUUAACACCAGAAUUUGAAGUUACUGUUGAAGAAAGAUGUUACAAACUAUGCACGUCAUCUGCCGAAGAGAAGGAUGCUUUUAUUAAACAACUUUAUAAGUUUGCUUCUAAAUAUCUUCCUGUUCAAAAACCUGAUUUUGUAAAUGUCCCUAUCCCGGUGGACACACCUAGUUCUUCCGUAGUAGUUGAACAUAGCGAUGAAGCUGCAGAGGAUAAUUUGGCUGAUUACCAGCCGAUUUCUGUGAAAGAAGAAGCAGAUUUUCGUCGAUUAUUAGCUCGAGCAAACUUAACAGUUGGAGAAACGGACAAAUUUGCUCUUUUGUUGGGUGAACAGUUGCAGUCAUUAGAUGGCGCCAAUAUACAAUCUAUAAUGGACAGUGAAAAUGCUGUUAAUGACCUUAUCGCUCUUAUUGAUUCCGCUCUAGAAAAAGUUGAUUCUUUGAUGGAGAUUUUGGAAGCGUUUGACAAACUUUUAUAUCAUGUUCGUGAUAGCGUGGAGCUUAUUGAAGAGAAGGACAGUCUUGGGUCAGUUGAGAGGAGGAACAUGAGGAUGUUAAAAGAUUAUAUGGAUGAGUCUUUGAACAUCAUUGGAAUUGUUACUGAUGAGCAUAUUUCGACCUUGCAAAGUGCAAAUCUUUCUGAUCCAACAGGGAUUAAUCGAUGCUGUACGGCCACUCGCGCUGUGCAAACUUUUUUUUCUUCUAAGCUACCUCCUCCUAUGCGUCUGAUGCGCGCUUACAAAGAACGUUCUGAAAUGCUAACACAACUUGUUAAGCAAUUUACUGAAAAACUCGCUGCUCAUCUUUCGGGUCUAUUUCUUAAUUUGUCUGAGUUGUCGGAAACUCAAGAAUGGCAUGAGGUUGCAUUAAGAAAACAGUCAGAACGUUUCCAUGCGCUGCGGCCUUAUUCAGAAUUGGUCGGAUGGAUUCAGGCAACUAAUCCUGCAGUUUACCAAACUGUUGUUCAAAGAUAUGUGCAAAAUGUAAAGAUUUUAUAUAAAAAAGACUUCGACCGUUUUUUUGACGUUAUCAGUCUCGAGUUGAGUAAACUUGUAAACAGCGAUAAAAGUGGCACUUCAAAAGGCCUCGACACUUCUAGGGCAUCUUUAGAGUUGUCUUUCCAUGCGGAUAGCAGCAUUGAUUCUAAAUCAGUAUUAAGUAUUGUUGAAAUUGUAUUAGGUGAAAUAAGUUCUGUCGUGGAGUCUGAGCAGAAGUUCUGCUCCAGAUUCUUCCAUAUCAGUGGAGAUCUUCUGACUACUAUAGAAACGCAGUCAACUUCGAGCGGGGAGAGUGGUGGAACAGGGAAGGCUAUUGAAAAGCAAAUUGCUGACAAGAUGAAAAGUGUUUUGACUCCUUUAUUCGAACCAUUACACGAGCAUCUGGAUAAGUUCAUCAAGCAGUGUUGCAGAAUGCAUGCAAUGAUGGUUUUUACACUAUUUGUUUUCCUUUCGAAAAAGGCACUUUCAUUUCAAGACUGUACGUCAUAUUUCUCAGUAAUGAUAUUUGGACGUUUGGUGGUAUUGGUGAAACGGCAACUUGACAGUUUCAUGGAUGACGAAGCGCGUUUCCUCUCGGACGUUCGCUUUUACAAGAAAACCCGAAUUGGUGUCUUGAGUAAUUUGGAGCAUUUCAAUAGUUUGGCGCUUUCAGCUGAAGCGGCAUUCUCUGAGACCGAGCGGCGGGCAGACUUGGAUCGUUGGUAUCUUCAGCUGAUUAGUUCUUUGAAAGAAGGCAUUGAGAAAGCGGCUGUUUCUCCUAACUCUAAGUCACCCGCCUCAGUAGUUCGAAUAGAAAAUUACCAUCCAAUUUUGUCUGAGCUAAAAAUUGAAUGUUUGGAUUCACAAAGAAAGGAAGCAAAAAAAGCUUACCAGGAAAGCAUUCAAAUGUACGUCAGGGAUUAUAUGGGACGACCUUUAGAGAAGCUUCAUACAUUUUUCGAAGGCGUGGAGAAUGCAGUAAAACAAGGAGUUAAGCCAGAGGAAAUUGCGUUUCAACAGCAGUUCAGUCGAUCAGAGUUAAAAAAAGUGAUUUCUAUUUACCCUGGCAAGGAAGUUAGAAAAGGAUUAGAACAAUUAUAUAAAAAGAUAGAAAAGCAUUUAAUAGAAAACUCGCCGUUGCUGCAAGUAAUUUGGAGAAAUAUGCAGGACGAAUUUCUUAAACAGUUAAAACACUAUCAAGAAGUGAUUGGGCAGUGUUAUCCGAAUUCUCGGAUUGAUCUCGAAGUUUCGAUUCAAGAUGUCCUUAACUAUUUCUCCCAGUUUGCUCAAGAACAUUAG